AUGAGACAUAACCAGGCGUUACAGAACAACCACUUCAGAAAAGCACACUGGGAGACAAAAGUACACACCUGGUUCAAACAGCCAUUCCGCGCAGUCCGCCGCCACCAAGUCCGUGUGACUAAGGCUCGCCAAAGUUUCCCAAAUCCAAUCAAGAUGUUGCGCCCGGCCGUCCACUGCAUGGGACAGAAAUACAACUACAAAUUGAGACUCGGGAAAGGGUUCACUCUUGCUGAGUUGAGAGCCGCACACAUUGACGCGAGAUUGGCGCCAACCAUCGGGAUUGCCGUAGAUAGAAAGAGAAGAAAUCUCUCCCAAGAGUCUGUGAACAGAAACAAAUCGCGACUUGAAUCCUAUAUGGCCAGACUCACCGUCUUACCAAUGCACAAAUCAGCUAAGGCUAUGAGAGCACAGAAGGACAUUAAAGAAGCUGAGAGCAGAAAGAAGAAGGCCGAAGCCAUUAAGAAGUUCCUCGACGACCACAACAAGAAGGUGAGAGACCUCAAGGCUAAGGUUAUUGCCUUGAAGAAGGAGUAUUUGGCCAACAAGACCAUUGAGAAGGGAAAGGAAUUGAAGGCUUGCUCUAAGGCUUGGAUUGCCGCACAAAAGGAAUUCAAGAAGAACGUCAAGAAGGAUCACAAGAAGUACAUGGAACUCGCUAACAGAGUCUUCAGACUCCCAGUCAAAGCCGUCGAGUGCACUAAGAGAGUUAUGGACCCGAACGCUGUUAUUCCUCUCGAGAAGAAGCAGAAGCUUGAGACUGCUAAACUCACUAAGGGUAUGCAACAGAACAACGCAGUUGCUAUCCUUAAGAGACAAAAGAACAUCGCUAAGGCCGUCUCUGGUAUUGCUAAGGGUGCUAAGAAGGUUGCUGCUACUAAGAAGAACUAA